GAUCCCCUUACCUCUUGUCACUAUCUGUCGCGUCCGCCGUCGUCAUCUGCCAGGACCUCGACGCUCAAUAUCGCCCCGCUAGUAUCUUGUGCAAGAGGCUGCGCUAUUAUUCAACUAGGCGAUUCACCACCACCUUCUUUUCGACACACCUACACCAUUUUAUUCAACAUGUUUGCCGAUAAUAAUGACUUCAGUGUGAACCAGUACAUCCCUACAAAGUCCACUCCUUCCCGAUACCCUGGUAUGUGCUUCAACGAUGGAAAUAUCGCUGUCCUCGCCGGUCAAUACUACUUCCUUGUACAUCAAGUAUUGCUUUGUCGCCAUUCUCCGGCUUUGGACUCUGCUAUCAAGGCUCUUGAUUCUACCUGUUCGCCGGCCCAUCUAGAAGGCCGCCCGGUCCUUCACCUCAACGAUGGCCCAGACGAGAUGUAUCACUUCUUGUCCGCUCUGUAUGAUGGAGUAUCUCAUAUCAAGUAUACCAACAAGUCAUUUUCGAAGGUUGCAUCACUGCUUCGCCUUUGUACGCAUUACCAAGUUGGUCAUCUUCGCCAAGAUUUGCUUCGAGGAUUAUCAGCUACGUGGCCCACAACGCUUGAAGGUUGGGACGCUCGCGAAGCGGAUGCAACGAAUGUGGCAGGACUAUAUGAGUCGCGUGAGAAGUACCCACACCCUAUUCUUGUCAUCAACUUGUCUUGCGACAUAAGCGCACAGGAGAUUUUGCCAUCUGCCUUCUACGAUCUCUCUCGCUCUCCUCCAAGUUCUAUCGUCGAAGGUUUCAAAACCUCUGGUAUCGGACUAUCAAGUGACUGUCUGAUGAGCUUGCUGAAGGGAAAAGAACGCGCAUCUCGAUUCCUAUCGACUUUUAUCGUCAAGCAGCUGGAAAGAAGAGCGCCGGCUUCCAAAUGCAUCCAUCGGCAACAGUUAGACACCACACACCAGCGCGCCUGUCAAGCGGCUUUCGAGGCGAUUACCUUUGAGAUUCUCCGUGGUGCCAAUGGUGUCGUUUGUCAUCGCAGUUCCGACCCAUUAUUCGCCAUCAUGGAUGCAGAGCUGAUACAGACAACUUACGACAAACAGAACACCGGCCUUCGCCCUUGUAAAUAUUGUAGGUCAGAGUUCAGUUCUAUAGUUAAAGGGGCUAGGACGGAGUUUUGGCGCUUGCUACCGGAGUGGUUUGGUAUUGAUGUACCUUCUUGGGACUGACGAUGUAUCCUGUACUUUCAGCUUAAUACCAGUUGCAUUUUACUGCUUUCAUCGACUUCGUCGCUUGUGAUCAUUGAUCAGGGCGGCUUGGAAGGCGAUGCGCGCUCCUUCACAAGAGCGAAGUAUCAGUUUGAUGUAGUACCACACUCCAAGCGUCAACAUAUGUCUAAAUCGUGGACUAAUGUCUUUGGGCGUACUAUUCCUCUAGCGCUGUCACCGUUUCACGGAUUUACACAUCGUCUCAAGUGCC